AUGCUGGAGCAGCAGUUGGCCAGCCAGUCAGAAAUCGAGGUUGCGGAUGUAACCUACUCUCAUUCUCAUAGUCAUAGCACCGGUACCGAGGCAGCAUCAGCCACUUCGUUGGAUGAAAUGGAAUGGACAAUGCCGUUCGAUCUGUCGCAGUCAGCCUGGACUGAACAUCUAGAAAUUACAUCGGAUCCCAUUCUGGACCCUAAUUUGGACCCCAAUUGGCAGGACUAUGCUUCGGUCUCGCAAGAUGUCGACGCAGCACCUCAGCAACAGAUCCAAACAUCAGAUGAGCUACCAGUUGCUAAUGAUUUACCUCCAUUGAUUCAGUUUGACUUGGUGCACCCACUGUUCCCCAUGGUCCACAAGCGACGAUAUAUGUCAUGGACUAAGCAAAAGGAUCCUUAUCCAGCUCGUCAAUGUUUGAGAAUGGCUAUGAGAGCACUUGCCGCAUCUAUGUCAUCCCAGUUUCUCUCUCGUGGAGAGGACUUGUAUCUCAAAGCAAGACAGAUGGCUGAGGAUCUCGAGGCCAGCGAACUGGGUUUGCCUUGGACAGAUGCCGCCAUCAGUAUCGAGCAGACACAGGUGUGGUUUCUCCUUGCGCAUUAUGAGCUUUUGGCACCUCACAUAUAUCCAGUACAGGCAACAGCUCGGCGGGCUUUUCGUUUGGUUUAUCUCUCGCGACUACAUUGCUGUGAUCAGCAAGAGCAGUCUACAGGUAGUAGCUCAGACUCGUCACAAGCCUCAGCACCUACUCGAGUGGAUUCCCCUACGCUCGAGGAGAAAAGAAGGACUUUCUGGGUUGCCUUCGGCUUAGACCGGUACCUGAUCGCAUACGGAGAAUCUGUACCUACCAUUCAAGACGAAAUUAUCUCAGUUCGUCUUCCGUGUCCAGAAAGGAACUUUCAGAACGGAGAUGAAGUCAAGAUGGGCUUUGUAGACGAGGCACUCAAGUACGCAAAGCUGGAUGCGACAUCCCGUUUCGCCGAAUUUAUCACAAGUAUAGCUCUUUUCGGACGCUGCGUGAUGCAGAAACACCUACCACAAAGCGGACCGUCGUUAGCAAAAGAAACCGCGUCUUUCUGGAAAAGACACGAUUGGCUAGCAUCAGCUGCAAAAAGGCAAGUUGACAUAUUAUCCAUCAAUGCAACGGAGUUGGAUGACGAACCAAUGGCCAUCGUGACUUUGAUGGUAAUGUACGGUUCCAUUAUAGCGCUGGCAAAGGCGGGUAAAGAAAUGCCUCGUCAGACACAGGACCAGCAGCUAGCUUUAGAGGCACAUGAUGUGUCUGCCAAUGAGGCUGCAGCUAGAAUGGCCGACGUAUCCAGUGUCAUUACAACCUCUGCUUGCUUCAAGGUAAUCGUCUAA